AUGGCCAUUGAGAUCUUUACCAUCUUCUGGCCCUGCUGGGAAGUCAUCCAGCACCAGAACCUCCGCCAAGAGACCCUCGACUCCAUCGCUCAAUGGCAGCUCAACAAAAACGCGGCGACGAAUGGUGCUCGAUCUGUCGCUACUGGUUCUACUACUGUUGCCCCCUCCGCUCUGACGUCCUGGUCCAAGGACGGUUCUGUCAAGAGCAGCGCCUCUGGUGAGAGUAUCCUCACCAUGGAAGCUCUUGAGUAUGUUCUCGAGCGUAACCCCGAACCUCUUCAGCAGUUCUCAGCCCUUCGUGACUUCUCUGGUGAAAACAUUGCUUUUCUACGAGCUGUCGCUGAGUGGAAGUCUUCAUUGCCACCUGCUGUGCGCGACCCCGAGAAGAUCAAGGAACCGUCGGUGCAAGAGCUCGUCCGCGAGAGAUUUAACAGCGCUCUUCGCAUUUACACCGGCUUCGUCAGCUCCCGCGACGCAGAAUUCCAGAUCAACCUGUCAUCACAACAACAAAAAAUUCUAGAGGGUGUCUUUGAGAGUUCCGCGCGCAUCCUCUACGGCGACAAGAAGCAGGUUGACCCAGCGUUGCCAUUCGAGACAUUCCAGAUGGGAACAACACCCACCAAAGUCAAGUCCUCAGCUGCAUCAUCACACGGCUCCGAGACAGGUAUCAUGGCAGCGGAUUCUGUCGCUGACACUGGAUACAUGAGCGACAAGGCUAUGUACUGGGGUGAUAUCCCCGAGGGCUUUGAUGCGACUAUUUUCGACGACUCGGAGAAGCACAUCAAGUAUCUCGUGCUCACCAACACGUGGCCCAAGUUUGUCAAGGACCGACGAUGCUCAAUUGACUCCAAUGAUACCCUCGAGGCAGGAAACGGAAUUCCCAUGGCUAAAUGA